AACUUUAACAGCUUCUGUGAUAACUUUGUAAUUGUAAUGAUCGUAGAGAAUCCACUAACUAUGUCAGUUCAAGAAAAUGUUGGUCAGACCAUUUGUAAUGGUGCUCUCCCGAAUAAUGAGGAGCUCCCUAAAAGAGAAUGGAAACUUGGUAGUUUUAAGGAGUUCACAAAUCAGGCGGGACUGAGAGCGCUGUUUGCUGAAUUUCUUGGAAUCUUCAUGCUCGUACUUUUCGCUACAGGUGGAAUAAACCCCAGGAUCAUAGCGAGAUUAGAUGACAGCGGAACCACGGAUCUUUUCAACUUUUCCACAUCCUUCGGAGUUGGGAUGACUGUGUGUUUGAUGAUCUACCUAUGUGAGGACGUGUCAGGAGGUCAUGUGAACCCCUCCAUCACUCUGAUGUUCUUCCUGGAUACUCAGAUCUCCUUCGUCAGAAUGAUUUGUUACAUUUUCGUGCAGUUCUGUGGUGGUUUCACUGCAGCAGGUUUGCUGUGGGGAAUUGGUGAUUUUGAGGGUCUUCCAGAUUUCGCACCUCCAACAUUCGAAGAUUUUAAUGUUAUCAGAGUAAUAGUGUUCAUGGUGGCUGGAAGCUGGAUGAUGAUACUGGUCACUCUGGCAGCAAUUGACGCUAGAAGAGGUCAUGCCGAUUGUUUCCUGCAACCCUUCGCUAUCGGAAUGAGUAUUCAUAUUGCUCUUCUCUUCAUGGGACCCUAUGUCGUGACUGGUCUUAAUCCAAUAGUGAUUUGCUGGUAUAUAGUCUGCGGAGCUUGGACUCACCAUCUAUGGGCCUUCGGACUUCUUCCGUUUUUGGGGACGGCUACCGCGGUCGCUGUAUACAACGGAAUCCUGCGUCCUUACAAGGCGUGAGAUACUUCUGACUCUUUAAUUCGAGUGGUUCUAAAUUGACACACGCUGUAACCCAUUUUGAUCGCGCGCGAAGCCGGCGUGCACGAGAGGUAUACAACGUGUAGCAAUUUCUAAAUUGUUCCAUGUUUUAUCUGAUGCGGAUUUCAGGUCAUUUAAAACGAGGAGACGAAGAAUUUUUGAAUUCAUAUUUCAAACAGAUUUAAAAAUGAAGAAACACUCAUGACAAACAAAAACCUAGAAGAAUGGACAAUCAAUCCAAUUAAAAACCAAGCACGUUUUACUGGAACGUAUUUUGACUGCAUGUAUUCUUUGUUCCAAUUUUUAAUGCGAACUCUGGGCCCAAGUAUGAUAUCUGUGUUAAAUAAAAAACUUUGAGUUACGUUAUACCCCCAUUAAUCUUAUGGGUAUGAUAUCAAUAUAAUACUAAUAUUAUCUGCUUUGAACUAUGUGUAUUCACACUUCGAUACAAUUUUAAUUUUAAAUGUUAGAAUUUAUAUUAUUUACCGAUAUCUGUUGUUCGUAUUUAUUAGUUUCGUAGACCUGUAAUCUGGUAACCAUAUAACAAUAAAUUAUGAUGUUGAUUU